GACACCUUUGAAUCAGCCUACUGUUACGCUGAUAGAUAUUCAUUUAUAGUGUCAGCUUUUGAUAAAAUGACAUGCGAAGAUUUCCCAAAUAAUUGAUCAGUUAUGAAUAAUUAUUUCUGCAUAAUAGCACUGAUUUUGUACAAUGUCCAUGGCGCACCGACAGACUUAUUUCACAGUGCUCUGAAGUGUGGUUACGGGAGUUGUAAUCCGGUUAAAGAUGGGAUGAUAAAUGUGCACCUGGUACCACAUACACACGAUGACGUUGGCUGGUUAAAAACAGUAGAUCAAUAUUAUUAUGGAGAUCAUAAUGAUAUCGCAUUGGCGGGAGUACAAUAUAUCCUAGAUUCCGUUAUUCCACAGCUAGUCAGUGAUCCAUCUAAAAGAUUUAUUUAUGUAGAAAUAGCAUUUUUCUCAAGAUGGUGGCGAGAACAGACGGACAGUAUGAGACACGUUGUCAAGGGACUAGUAGCAGAAGGGCGUUUAGAGUUUAUUUUAGGAGGAUGGUCAAUGGACGAUGAAGCGACCACUCAUUACAAUGCGAUCAUUGAUCAGCAUACUCUUGGUUUUGACUUUCUGCGUCAAAACUUCCAGGACUGUGGUCGUCCUAGGGUAGCCUGGCAAAUCGACCCCUUUGGUCACUCAAGAGAACAGGCCUCAUUAUUUGCCCAGAUGGGAUUCGAUGGUCUUUUCUUUGGACGACUCGAUUAUCAAGAUAAAGCAAACCGACUAAACAAAAAGACAAUGGAAAUGAUAUGGAAAGGGAGUCCUAAAAAUCUGGGACAAACAUCCGAGCUUUUUACGGGUGCUUUGUUUAAUCAAUAUGGCCCACCUGCUGGAUUUUGCUGGGACUUUGAUCAUUGUGAUAGUGGCCCAAUUAUGGAUGAUGAACGCCUCCAUGACUAUAACGUGCCUACAGUAUUAGCAGAUUUGUUUAAAGCAGUUAGUGACCAGGCAGAUCACUAUCAAACGAAACAUAUUAUAUGGACAAUGGGUUCAGACUUUCAGUACGAUAAUGCCAAUGUAUGGUACAAAAACAUGGAUAAGUUAAUCAAAUACGCAAAUGCUCUGCAAGCUAAUGGUAGUACUAUAAAUCUGUUAUAUUCCACACCAUCAUGUUAUUUGGAUCAAUUGAAUAAAGCUGGUUUAAAAUGGACAACAAAGGAAGAUGAUUUCUUCCCUUACUCUAAUGAUGCUCACAGUGUAUGGACAGGCUUCCUUACUAGUCGACCGACAUUAAAAUUUUACGUCAGGAGAACUAAUAAUUUUCUCCAGGUUACAAAACAAAUGGAUGCACUGGCCAUGUUAGAAGAUACAGAUAAUAGUACUUAUAAUAUAAAUAUUUUAAAGGAAGCUAUGGGUGUUGCUCAACAUCAUGACGCAGUAUCAGGAACAGAGAAACAACCAGUGGCCUAUGAUUAUGCUACAAGAUUAGCGAAUGGUGUCAACGAAUGCCAGAAAGUUAUCAAUGAUGCUUAUGGUAAACUAAUGCCACUAGGGAGCCAGAAACCACCGGGUCACCAAUUCUGUACUCUGUUAAACAUUAGUUCUUGUUCUGUUACAGAGAAUAAUAAAAUGUUUCAGUUGCACAUUUACAACCCGAUAGCUAGACCAGUCGAGUAUUAUGUUAAACUACCUGUUGUUGGUAAACUAUAUUAUGUUAUUGGACCAGACGGCAUAGCUAUUGAAACACAGGUAUUGCCAAUAUCUCCUGACACAAUGAGGAUACCAGAAAGGAAUGGAUCAUUGGCGACAAAUGAGUUGAUCUUUCCUACAACAUUACAACCUUUAGGUUUUACAACUUACUUUAUUCAAAUGGGAGCAGAUGAAAAAACAAAACAAAACCAUGCUACCAAAAUAAAACACCUUUCAAAAUUAGGGGACGGUGACGACUUCGUUCUAGAGAAUCUGUUUAUUUCUCUGACAUUUGAUAUUCAGACCGGAAGACUUAAAAAUAUAAAGAACAAGCGGAAGAAUAUUUCUGUUAACAUGACUCAAGAGUUUCGAUACUAUUACGGUUUUGAUGGAAAUGAUUCAAAAGACGAGCUUCAACCCUCUAACUCAUAUAUAUUCCGCCCUAAUGGUACACAGAGUUAUAACUGCUCUACCCCUUCUCUGACUACUAAAACAUAUUAUACUGAACCGGGAGAAUUGGUUCAGGAACUGCACCAGACCUUUAGUCCCUGGGCUACUCAAACAAUUAUUCUAUAUGAAAAUGCCAGAUUUGCUGAGUUCCAGUGGACCGUUGGACCCAUACCGAUAGAUGAUAAAUUGGGUAAAGAAGUAAUCAGUAAAUUUACAACAGAUCUUAAGAACCAAGGUUUUUAUUAUACUGAUGCUAAUGGUCGAGAAAUAUUAGAGAGAAGACGAAAUCAUCGAGAUACCUGGGCGUUAAAUUUGUCUGAACCAAUAGCUGGCAAUUAUUAUCCUAUAAACAGUAGGAUCUUUAUACAGGACCAAACAGCCAAUGUACAACUGACUAUAUUAAAUGAUAGAUCUCAGGGGGGUGCAAGCAUUCAAGAUGGUGAAAUAGAGAUUAUGGUACACCGAAGAUUAUUAAAUACUGUUAGUUUAGGAGAAGCGCUAAAUGAAACUGGUUCAGAUGGAAAGGGGCUUGUAGUUAGAGGUAGCCAUUAUGUAUAUUUGGACACCAUAGAAGCAUCUGCAGCUUUGCAUAGAGAAAAGGCCGAAGAACUAUUUAUGGCACCGCAGAUGUCUUUUACUACAGUAAAAACUAAUUAUAGUGACUGGAGUAAAAACUUUAGAACAAUGUGGUCCGGAGUAAAACAAGCCUUACCACCAAAUGUCCAUUUGUUGACAUUGGAACAGUUCGCUGGAACCGGUCCAGUGCCAUCACAGAGUCAGCCAUAUUUGCUCAGAUUAGAACAUAUGUAUGAAACAGAUGAAGAUGCUACACUCUCUAAACCAGUCAAUGUAUCUCUUCAGGAUUUAUUUACAACAUUUGAAAUAACAUCAGCAACAGAACUUACUUUAGGUGCCAAUCUUCCACUAAGUCAACUACAAAGAUUAAAAUGGAUGUCAGCUGAUGACGUUGAUACAGAACCAACCGAUGAUCAAGAUUCCUACCUAAAAUACCAAAGAUUAACACUAAGCGAUUCACUAACUAUUACCCUCAAUCCGAUGCAGAUUAGGACAUUACAGAUAGAGAUAAAAAGUCGACAACAAUUUUUAAAAAAAUGAUAAUAUUUAAUUAUUAUACUGGAGAAAAAUAAUUUAUGUUAUGAAAUUGUACCUUUUUUAUUACUGUUGAUAUAUUAAAGUUAAUGAACCUGU